AUGAAACUCAGCAGCAGCAGCAGCAGCAGCAGAAGUAGCAGCAGCAGCAGAAGCAACAGCAGCAAUGGUAGUACGGGUGCUGCAGUGUCUGUCGCAUUGCUGAAGCUCUCUGAGGAGUCAGGGACAAAUGUGGGGCCCAGCAACAGCAGCAACAGCAGCAGCAGCAGCAGCAGCAGCAAACCCCCAACUCACAAAGACACCCCAUCUAAAGGGCUUCCACAGAAGGCUAAAGGCGCAGACAGCAGCAGCAGAGGGCCGCUGCCCUCGUCUCAGCUGCAGGGCCCUAAACAACAACCUGCUGCUGGUGCUGCUGCUGACGCUGCAGCAGCAGCCCCCGUUCCUCAUUCCCAGCAAACCACGAAAUCCACAGCUCAGCGCGAAGCUCCACAGCCACCCCAACAGCAGCAACAGCAGCAGCAACAGCAACAGCAGCAGCAGCAGCAGCAGCAGCAGCAGCAGCAAAGUCCUGUGCCACAGCAGCACACGCUGCCUGACCCCAAACCCCACAGCCGUUUUCUUUCGAAAGUUUGCGAAAUUUUCGCAUCGCCAGCAACUCGGGCUCAGAGGCCAAUGAAGCUUUAA